GCCUUCUUUGUAAUGGGUUUUCAUAUUAAAAAAUGUGCAAGCAUUUCUUUAGAAGUUCAAAACUAUCUUAUUAAUGCUCAAAAUUAUCAACAACAACAUUUUCAUGAUACAAGAGAGCAACAAGAUGUUUUAUCAGAAAUAUUAAUUAUAUCCUCUAUAUCAGUUUCGAAUUGUAGCAGUAAUAAUCAAGUAUCUAUGCAAUUGCUAUUAGAUAUAAACAAAUCAAAUCAAUUAUUAUUGAAAGGUAUAAUUGAAGGUGGUGCAUCUUUUUCUCUUGUAGAUUCAGAAAUUUACACUUAUGGAAAAAGUCAAACAUCUCAAGUAAUUUUUGAAGAUUUGAAAAAUGGUUUAAUACAAGUUAGUCUUGAAAAAGUUAAUGCAAUUAUUACUAAUA